UAAGUAUCGACGCUAAGUAUCGAAAUGCAUCCUUUGCAUAAAAUCAUCUUGUAACAGCUUGUACCAUUCUAUUGUAGUAUGAAAAUUUAAUGUACGAUUUGAAUUGCAUUAAAAACUCAAGGUGCAUUAAAAUGACCUUAUAGAAUUUCCUAACAGUUGGUCGCGUGCCUUAAUACCAUUAAGAAAUCAAUUUCGAUCGAGAAGGUCGCUCGCAAAAAUUGCGAGUAUUCAAUUAUGUUUUUCAAAAGAUACAUGUCGUACGUGGAGGUCUGCGUACCUUUAAAAGAAGGGAUAAUUGUGGCAUGUAUACACAACACGGUUGUCAAGACAACAGAUUUUGACAACAGAAGAGGCAGUGGGCAGUGAGUGUUGUAACAAACAGAAAGGAUCUACACAGAUUUACAGAAAAAUCAUGAAAGAAAAUACUAAGCUCCUUGUGAUUGAACUAAACAAAUUAUUGGAUCGUAAUUACAAUGUAAUUUAUUUCAAUUCCCUAAGUUCGGAGGAACUAUUACAAGUCUUGAAAGAGGUGUUGAUUAAGAUACAGGAUCAGAGUGAUGCAAAUGUUGAUACUAGAAAUGGAAGCCCUGAAGAGACUUCCAUUUACAUUUUGUCUGUCCUACGUGUGCUUAAUUAUCAGCCCCAAGUAGAUCCUGCAACCUUUAGACAAGGUCUUAUUCGAGGUGAUCCUGACAUGAUUCAUCCUAUCUUGACCUGGCUUUUGUCUAAUUUGGACAUUGUUAGGAAGAGAGCUUAUUUGUCUCGUUUCUUAGUGAAGAUAGAGGUUCCUGCUGAGUAUUUAAGCGAUGCGGAAGUCUCCUCUUUGUAUGAACAGUACACAGCUUCGAUCAAUAGAUUCAAAACCGUUCACAAAGAGAGAGAAAUAGGGAAGAAGAAUUUCGAGAAUGCGAGCGAGCUCACUGCAGAUUUGAAAACAAUGGAGAAAGAAAAAGAAGCUGUGACGAUACGUAUUGAAAAGAUGAAAGCAAAAGCAGAACCAGGCAUUCAUUUUUUAGAUGCAGCUCGAGCAUUGCGCAUAGAAAAAGAUAAAGAACGUGAUCUGGCGUUGCAGGAGGAACAAGAGAAAGAAAUUUUGUCCACCUUGCAGACUUCACUGCAAAGACUAGAACGCGAACUGCAGAUUUUAAAAAAGGAUGAGAACGAAGUUACAGUUAAAUCACUGCUGCAACAAUUGUCUGAGGCAAUAACGGUUCAAACGAUAGUAACUAAUGAAAAGAUACCAGCUGAAAUAAAGACAAAAAAUGAUCGCAUAAAAGCUUUAGUCGCGGUUAAACAGUAUUCCUAUUUGGGUCCGGAUCAAAUAACUGCAUUGAGAAAUAAAUUGGAUACUAUAUCCGUAGAAAUUCAAAAAAUGAUAGAACAUAAGAUCUCAAAAAGCAAUAUCGAUAAAAUUGAGCCAUUCCGGCAACAAGCAGCUGCUGUUACAAAUAUUAAAAGAAAUGCGUUGGAACGAUUAGAGAAGACAGAGAGAUCCUUGCAAGAAUUGCAAGGGAAAUUAGAAGAGAAACAGGAACUAUCGAAAUUUAUGGUAGAAGAUAUAGUACCUAAAGGGGAGGAGUUAAAAAAGUACGUAAAUCGCUUGAAGACUAGGGGUACACUUUACAAGCACUGUAAAGCUGAAUUGGCGUGGCUUGCUGCAGAGAGUAGUGUGUUGUAUCGAACAACCGCCAUUUUGGAAUAUCAGGUUAAUCAAGGUAACCAAGCGAAAGAAAUAUUAGAAAAUGUACAGAAAACUAUUCCGGAUAAUUUUACGGUAGAAAAUGCAUUAUCCAUGAAUGUUAAAUUAUUUAGAGACAUAUCCGCUUUUCGCGGAAAAUUGGUUCCGUUCAUAAAUGACGUACAGACAUUGAGGAAGAAGUCGCACCAAUAUCAGCAGCAACAAGAACAAGUAAAAAAAACGCAUAACAAUGUAGAGUCGAAUAUGAAUGUUUCUAUUAAUGAUUUGCAGUCUGAAAUAGAAAAUAUCAAAUUAAAAAUGACAAAGGAUGUUGAAGAGAAAGAAAAAUUGCAAAAACUUAUUAAAAGAAUGAAAAAUACAGAGGAAAGAAUAAGUCGUGAUGCUGAAGAUUCUAAAAUCUCUGAUCCUGGUAAAAAACUUAAGGAAGAAUUAAACUCUGCUAUCGUAUCCGAAGAAGCGAAAAUAAAAAGUUUAUUAACAGAAAAAGAUCGUUUGAAGGAGAUUGUUGCAGUGAAGGAAAAACAAACACAAAUGUGGAGUGAUAUUUUGUCGAUUUUUCAAUGUAAAAUAAAAUCUGCCGAAGAAACGAAGCAAUCAAAUGGUAUCGUUGUCCGACGAGGAGGUGCAGAAACUUUAGUUUUACAGUAAUUAUUCCUUCUUUUUUUUUCCUUUUUUCAGUAUGAUAUUUUAUGAAUUUUUUGAAAUCAGAAAUAAACUAUACAUAUAA